AUGGCAUCGAACCAACUCAAAUCAUUGCCUAUAAACGAAUUUGUUGAACAAACUGCUAUGAAUAAAGCAUUAAACGUUGCCAAACAAAUGGAUUGUGACGAUUAUGAUUUUAUUAUUGGAUGCGACACAGUUGUAUUUCAUGAAGGGAAAAUUAUUGGGAAGCCAAAAGAUAAAGCCGAUGCUGAACAAACUCUUCUAAGAUUGAAUAAUUCAACGCAUGAAGUGUACAGUGGCGUAGCAAUGAUUAAUGGUGAACAAGAAUGUGAAGUUUUUCAUGUACGCACGUUGGUUAAAUUUUGUCAAAUUCCAGCAGAAGUUAUUUCUCGAUAUGUCCAAUCGGGAGAGCCGAUGGGACGAGCUGGUUCAUAUGGAAUCCAAGGCAAAGGUGCAAUUUUUAUUGAAAAAAUCGAUGGAUGUUUUUAUAAUGUGGCGGGAUUACCUAUAAACGAGAUUGCUCACAGACUUUGGAAAAGGGAAAAAAAACUACCAAUUACUACUGUUCAGUGA